GAAGUUGGACACUUGGAGGCUUUGCGCACUGCGAAGGGAGAUACGAAGGGAUACGGAGGGGUCUCCAGUCCUCCUUCAGGUCUCGAUCGCCCAUAGAGGAGCUGGCAGCGAACAUGCCCAGACCAGUCCAUCGUCACUGACAUCGGGAUUCAGCUCUUCGCCUGGUUUAAGCUUGCCAGAAUGAACGAAAACGCAGAUAUCUGCAACCACUGUCGGAACAUGAUCAGAGAGAAGGAAAAAGGAAUGAAGAUGUCAAGACGCAUAUCAACAGGACCAAGCUCAUUUAUUCCAGAAAAUGAGAUCGUAGGAGCCAUGCCUCUGAGUGACUCCACAGUGAUGCUCUUAGACGAAGAGUUCAGCGGCCGCGUGGACAACCUGACGCAGGUGAUGGGGCUCCACCCGCACUAUCUGCAAGCCUUCCUGCGCUGCCACUAUUACCUCUUGAGGAUGGACGGCCCCCUACCACUCCACUACAGACAUUACAUCGCUAUAAUGGCUGCAGCACGGCAUCAGUGUUCCUCGCUGGUGUAUCACCACAUGCAGGAGUUCGAGCAGAUAGGCGUGUGUUCUGAUUGGCUGAGAGGUCUGGAAUUCUGCCCGCAACGACUUCGCAACCUCAACGAGAUCAACAAGAUCCUCGCGCACAGACCCUGGCUCAUUACAAAGCAACAUAUACAGGCUCUGGUGAAGACAGGAGAGCACAGCUGGUCUCUGGCAGAGCUGGUUCAUGCUGUCGUACUAUUGGCUCAUUUCCAUGCCUUGGCUAGUUUUGUGUUUGGUAGCGGAGUCAACCCUGACCCUGAGGUCACAGAGGUUAACGGGGUCACGGAUGACCUUUGUCCUCGAGCCAUGGCUGGUUUAUGCACCUGUCACCUAACAAACGGCAACCAAGCCAACGGAAACCCCUUGCGUGACCCUAACACUGGGAGUGAGCUGGAAGCACUGAUGGAGAGAAUGAAGCGAUUGCUGGAGGAGAGAGAAGACGAUGAUGCGUCAGAGGAGGAGAUGUUCACUCGCUUUGAGAAAGAAAAGAAAGAGAGUCUUCUGGUGGUGUCUGCAGGGUUUGAUGAGGAAGUGGUGCCCCCUUCUCCCGUGGCUCGUUUUGUAGACGACCCGUCGUUUGGAUACCAGGACUUUGCGCGACACGGAGAAGACAACCCACCCACAUUUAAAGCACAAGACUACUCAUGGGAGGAUCAUGGUUUCUCUCUGGUCAACAGACUGUACUCUGACAUCGGUCACCUAUUGGAUGAUAAGUUCAGAACGGCGUGUGAUCUGACCUAUUACAACAUGGCCAGUCACGAGGGGGUGGACACCAGCAUGCUGCGCAGGGCUCUCUUCAACUACGUCCACUGUAUGUACGGGAUCCGAUACGAUGAUUAUGAUUACGGUGAGGUGAAUCAGUUGUUGGAGCGCAGUCUGAAGGUUUACAUCAAAACAGUGACGUGUUAUCCAGAGCGAACCACUCGCCGCAUGUACGAGAGCUACUGGCACCAGUUCAGACACUCCGAAAAGGUUCAUGUGAAUUUGCUUCUAAUGGAGGCUCGAAUGCAGGCAGAGCUGCUCUAUGCUUUGAGAGCCAUCACUCAUUAUAUGACCUGACCAAUCAGACGUCACCAAUUAACCAAUCAGACUUAAUCUUUUAGGUGAUCUGACCAAUUGAACCUCGCCCACAAUAUGACCGGACAUUAUUAUUAUUAUGCCUAAAUUUAACCAAUGCAUAUAGAUUUGAGAUCUUACAAUUGUGUCCAAAAUUGUGUAUACCUUUUCUUGGAUCGUUUCUUGGAACUUAAUGAAGGAAAUUGAGUAUAGAGCAUUCUGGGUAUAAUCCCAAACUUAAAAUUGGGAUGUUCGGGCGUGUUCAAAUCAUUCGUUGUAAGACUUGUGGGUGGGGAGCAAUGACUUUAGCUGGAUUCAAAUGUAAUCCUUAACGGUCGGAAAAAUCCAAUUGGAUGCCUUGGAUUUGACCUGAUCAAUCAAAUGACAUCAUAUGACAUCACGACUCGACAAAUCACAUUUUAACGUGCAAUACUUUCUAACUGAAAUCUCAUUUAUACUGUAAGCUGAAAUACUGGAGGACUGAGUUCACAUUUUUGAAACAGGAAGUAAUUUUUUUUUCUUUUUUUGCACAUUUGAGAAAAACUGUAUUUUGGAAAAAGAAAAAAUACUGUUUUCUUUUUGUAAUAUCAUAAAUGACAAUAACAGAAUGUGAGAAUUUUAUUUGUUCCUUUCUUCAAAAAGAAAAAAAUCCCUGUGCCUUUUAUCAUUCUUGUUUAUUUCAUAUUGAAUGUAUUGUUUAGAUUUUUUUUGUGUGUAAUUUGUUUCUAGACUUUUUUCAGAUCAAUUUAGUUUGGUUUAGUUGUUUACCUGGAAACUAAGGCUUUUGUAGCAUUAUUACUGUACUAUCAGUCCUAUUACCGUAUUUCCUUUCAAUCUCAGUGUUAUACUUUAGAUAACAAAAUUCAUUUUAUUUUAUUAUACAUGUUACUGCCACCUGCAAUAGCUCUACUAAUCACAUCAUGAUGUGACUUUAUUUCUGUAUGUGUGAGCAUGUCUUAUUUCUGAACGUCUGUCAAAGUGUUUGCACAUGUGUCUCUUUGCACUAGUGUGCCUCUGUGAAAGAAAACCGUGCACACGAGCAAGAGAGUUCAUGUGUGUGAGUGAGUGAGUGUUAUGUGCAGGAUUGCCUGAAAACUAACUUCUUUUGAUACUAUUGAUGUGAUAAUUACUGUCCAUCAAAGCAUUUCUAAAAGGUUUAUUUAUAUCGCUUUACUCAUUGCUUAAGAUUUGCACAACUCUAAUCAAGGUGCAGCAUCAGUGUCUUUAAAAGAAAAUAGAUUAAGAUUGUGUCUGAAAAUAAAUGUAUAGUGAAAAGAUAAGCUUCAUAGAAUGAGCAAAGUGUUGCUAGUCUUAUAGACAGUGACUUAUUAUUGUUUAGAAACAGGUUAUGAUUUAGUCAUUUAGUGGUAGGUACACAAGAGAUUGUUACAAAUGUAGGUAAAUCUGUCAUCGAAGUGCCUUUCAAACUCCGCUGUAGGCGCUUCAAUGUGUACGCAGCAGAUUUAAUGGAAAAAGGCCUUUGGAAAACGGCCGUACGUGACGCUGCAUUUCCUACUUGUGUUUAUUCCGAUCAAGGUGGUGCUAUGAAGCUUUCAUAUUCCCCACUUAACAUAAAUUUAUACAUUUCCAAAAUGGCAGCACUGGAACUUCUCUCCAGUGGCCAAUCACAGACCUGUAUGUUUCAAUAAAGUUUCUCAUCAAAUUCA